AUGUCUGCGGAAGCUGCCAAGUCAUCCGGCCUCUCGGCCAAGAUUGAUAACAAACGCAAGAGGCAAGCUGAGGAAUCCUCAAAACAGGCCGGGGCGGCUACUGGCAACGCAGAGGGUCCGAGUAACAAGAAAAGAAAGAACGGCAAAUCCAAGCUAAAGAAGGGUGGAAAGGACAAGAAGGAUAAGCCCCAGCUAGAUGCGUCAGAGAAGGAGCAGAGAGACGCCAAGCAAACCGAGACCAAAGGCGGCAUUGAUGAAGCUAUUGGCAAGAUGGACGGCCGCCUGUUGGCGGAUCAUUUCAUGCAGAAGGCUAAGCGCCACAAUAAGGAGCUGACUGCGGUCGAAUUGAGUGACCUUAGUGUUCCAGAAUCCUCAUUCCUCGACACAUCGUCGUUUGACUUGCCCAGACAAUUGGAGAAGCUACCAGCGUUUCUGAAGGCAUUCAGCCCUAAAGGAUCUGACCUUUCAAAGCCAUCAGAGGAGAAAGGUACACCGCAUACCCUGGUGGUCUGCGCUUCCGGGCUUCGAGCAGCCGAUGCAGUGAGAGCUCUCCGUACGUUCCAAACCAAAGAAUCCCCAAUUGGCAAGCUGUUUGCAAAGCAUAUCAAGCUGGAAGAAGCCAAGCAAUUCCUGGAGCGAUCACGCAUUGCCAUUGGAGGCGGAACACCUGCUCGUAUCUCCGAUUUGAUCGAUGCUGGUAUGGCUUUCUCACAUUCAAGUGCGCAGAGCAGGCUAAACAUGAGCUGA